ACGUACAGUUUCUUAGAAAAAUAAAAUACACUUUCCUUCGGUUAAAAAGGCUCCCUCAUUCAUUCAUUCCCACACCUCUGUGCCUGUCUCUGCAACCUACUUCGUCUCAUUCCCCAGCCAAUGCCCCCUCCCUUCUUCACUCAAGCAAAUCAACUUUCUCUCUCCCUCUCUCGUGCAUUUCGUUUCCUUUCAUCAUGCUUGAACUCAUUUCGCCAGCUGUGAAAUCUCUAUCAACUUUCUGCUGCUAGAUCUGAUUUUUUUCCCUGUGAUUCGACUGUUCGUGAUGUAAUCGACAGACCAGAUUGAGGUGUGGAGGAUUUGGAGACCCACAUUGGUAGUAGGGGGAGGGGAAAUGGGAUCGGGCGGAAGUAAGGCGUCUUUCGGUGGUGUGACGACAUCGUCUUCGACUUCCUCGGGUAGCGUACCGAGGGGUCGGUCGAGAGGGCACCGAGUUUUCCAGUCGUCUUGUCUCGGAACAUCCUCUGGAUCCCGCGACGGUGGCAAUGCCGAUCACCAGGUCUGCAAUUUUGGGAAGAAAGAAAAUGGUUAUGGUAUAGGUCCAUGUACAGAUCGCACCGAAACAAGUUCAGAUGAGGUGAAGACUGAGUGUUACAGAAAGGUUAAAGCUGAUCAAACUGGUGAACUACCUUGUUUAUCUUCUAAUGGUGAUCUUGAAGAAUGGGAUGAAGCAAAUGUUACUGAUACGGCAUCCAGAACUGGUAGCAGCUCCCAAGCUUCUUCAACUCAAUCCUUGAACCCCUCGAGUCGUUUCCUUUCUCGCUUUAGCUUAAUACCAGGUAAUGGAAGCUUCAGACUCAGCAGAGCAAUCAGUUUAGGGUCAUCAAGAUCCUAUCCUGUUUCUUCUACAAGUCUCACAAUACUAAACGACGAAGAUGAGCUUCAUCUACAGGCAGGACCUGCCAGCAGCUUUGUUCAUAGAAAUGAAACACAUCAAGGUAGUCACUUGCUUCCUGCAUCAUUGUGUGAUGGAACAUCCACACGAUGUUAUGAAGAGGCUACUGGCAGUUUAAUGUUACAUGCUCCAACACCUGAUGUUUCUGACAAUUUUCAAGAUAAUCAGACAAGUCCUAAUAUCCACAAUACGACCAUAGAUGGUGAUAUAACAAGAAAUGGGGUUGAAGGUAACUUGUAUUCACCAAGGGUUCAUACUGAAACUGGGAGUGUUGAGACUAGGCAUUCUGAUAGGCGGAUUGGAGCUCGCGAACCAGUUGAACGGAAUGUUCGUUUCAGUCGGACCCUAAGUGUUGGAAGACUUCGUGACAGAGUUCUUCGUCGAUCAUCACUGUCUAACUUAACAUUUUGUCCUUUUCAACCAGAGACAGAAACAAGAGAUGCUAGUCAGGGCAGUGGUAGACCGGCCUGGGAGGAUGGGAUAAGCCAACCAGUAUCUGAAGAUAAUGCUGUAAUGACUCCAACUACCUCCGGUUUUCCUACAUCCGGCACAUCUAGCUCUUUAUUUGGUAUCCAAGAUUACGAGGCGGAAACUUCACGGUCAAGAGAAGGUAGGUACCAUGAUCUACUGGAGCAUAGAUCAAAUUUCCUUGAAAGGAGAAGAAGAAUACGAUCUCAGGUUCGUGCUCUUCAGCGAUUGGGGAGUCGUUUUGAGAAUCUGUCUGGUCAUGAGAGGUCUUGUAUAUUGUCUGGUCAACAUAGAACAGGUCGUUGUACAUGUCGUGUUAGCAAUCGGGAUGCCAAUGUAAAUGAUGAUGGCAGUGCUAGGGCCAGCAUAUCAAGAAUUGUUAUGUUAGCUGAAGCUUUAUUUGAGGUUCUGGAUGAAAUUCACCAGCAAUCUGUGGUUUUAUCUUCUCGACCUUCUGUAUCUUCAAUUGGAUCUCUCCCUGCACCUAAUGAAGUUGUAGAGUCCUUGCCUGUCAAAUUAUACACCAAGUUGCAAAAACAUCCGAAUGAGGAGGCUGCACAAUGUUAUAUAUGCCUUGUGGAGUACGAGGAAGGAGACAGCUUGCGGAUAUUGCCUUGCCAUCACGAAUACCAUAGAGCAUGUAUAGACAAAUGGCUGAAGGAGAUCCACAGGGUAUGCCCUCUUUGUCGCGGUGACAUCUGCAGAUCUGAUUCAUUGCCUGCCGAGAACUAAAGUGGCUAGCUUUGCCGUCUUUUUAAAGAACCCAUGAACUCUUUGAGUAAAGUCCUUCACUUAGGCAAGAAUAAAAGCUGAGUCAAGUCUGAUUCUUCAGAAAGUUAGUGUCCAUUUUCUGUCGGAUUUAUCUUUCUUGGCUGCAGUUAAUUGCUCUAAUUGCACAAUGAAACAUGGCACCAUGGUAGAAUUGAACUGAACUACUUGCAAGUUCCCCUGGAACUGGAGAGAGGGGAGAGAUGGUUCUUCUUGUUGCCCAAUCAGCAUUGUAUAUUUUGAGCAUUCCCAAUUCUAAAUUCCUCGAAUCUUGCUUGA